AUGUCCACUGGUCUUGAUAUGUCACUCGACGAAAUUAUUUCAAAAAAGAGACCAUUUUCAAGAGGUGGUAAUAGAUCUGGUGGGUUAAAUCGUGGUGGAGGAGGAGGUGGUGCUAUGAAACGUUCAAGUGGACCAAUAAGAAAUUCAAGAACACAAACAAGACAACGACCAUAUAGCUCAUCUGCGGCAACCUCCAACAUCAACUCGAUAACAGAAGGAAAAAUUUUAGUUUCAAACUUAGCAUUUAAAGUUACUGAGGCAGAUCUUUGGGAACUUUUUACAACGAUGAUCGGACCUGUACGGCAAAUCAACCUAAAUUUUGAUCAAAGUGGUCGUUCAAAGGGAACAGCAUCUGUUGUUUUUCAAAAAAGAACCGAUGCUGUCAGAUCAGUGGAAAAACUGAGAAAUGUUACUUUAGAUGCUCCCAAUUCCGCACCAAUUAAUAAGCGUAUUGGUGGUGGUGUCAAUGAAAACCGUAUAUCCUCUUCGACACGCGGAGGAGGUACACGUGGAGGUUCUGGAGGUAGAGGAGGAGGAAGAGGGGGAGGAAGAGGGGGAGGAAGUCAUAGAGGAGGAGGUCGUAGACCUGAUAAUAGACCAAAGAAAACUCAAGAAGAGUUGGAUACAGAAAUGAGUGAAUAUAUGCAAAUUGAUGAGAGUUUAGAAUCGGUUAAUAUUUAA